UAUGAGUAAAUACAGCCAGACAUAAUAAACCUUUUGUCAUGACAGAGUGAAACGCAAUUUGCGACGGAGAUAAAUCAUUGAAGAAAAAAAAUGCGGCUGUCCGACUGCGCAUCACUGGGAGUGAAUAGGGAAAUGCUGCGCCAGUGUCCCGGCUGAGAGACGGAGCUGAUCGGACUCGAGCUCCUGAGCUUCUCCUCCUCCCCCCUCCACACACAAGUCUUUAGACAUUCUGCAACGUCGGGGCCAAAAAAAUCAUCUUUUCCAACAUGCGCGCAGGAAAACAUAAUAAAAGUUGAGUGUUGGCCAGUGCGCUUCAGCGUUGGGCCCAUCCUGCAGAAGCAUGUCCCGCCGGAAACAGAAACGACCCCAGCAGCUUAUGAGCCUGACCCCCGCAGCGUGUCGGAUACUUGAGCAUGGCGACAACUUGGCUGUGAAAUCAUCUUCCUUUCCAAUUAUCUUGGACUUCUCUACAUCUUCUUCUCAAAGUUACCAGCUACCCCUUGCUGUCUGUUCAUCUUUUAAGGGCUCUCAGAGCCCCCCUCCACCCACAGAGGGUCCAUUGCGACUUUGUUCAAUAAAAGAAAACCCACAGCAAGCCCUCAAAGACCUACAGCCCUGUCUGUCUCCUGACUUCCCUCACUCUUCCCUCUCUUCCCAAGCACAAUAUCCACCUGCCCUUCAGCUGUCUGGUUCUUCAUCUUAUCCCAGUGCUAUCAUUCACUCUUCCCGAGGUGCAUACAUGGCCUCUCCCAAGUUAGGGCUGUCAGCCACCACCACCACCUCUUCUUCCUCCUCAUCGUCCUCAGCUUCUUUAUGUCCUCCACCUCACCCUGGAAGCCCCAGUCGGGUGCCUGAGGGCCCUCCAAGUCCUGUUACUCCCACCCCAAGCCCAGGAGUGACAUCUGCCUCAACUGCACCCGUCAGGACCCAACUGAGCAUUGCUUUGAUCCUGGAGGAGCUUCGGGUGUUACAGCAAAGGCAGAUUCACCAGAUGCAGAUAACAGAGGAGAUCUGUAGACAGGUGCUAUGCCUUGGCGGUGCAUCCUAUAGCCUAGACACACCAUCCCAGCAUCUCCUCCCUCCCCUGCCUCAGCUCUGCCUGGAAAGUAGCAAAAGGCCAUCGAGCCCCAUAACCCAGCCAACUGGACCUCAGACCUCCACCUCUGUGGCUCCGCUCCUGGCAUGUUUCUCUUCCCUGCUCCCCUCUCAGACAGCCAACAAACCCAUACAGCCAUGUUCUUCAUUGUCUCAAAUCUUACAGCCACAUAAAUCACAGAUGGAAGAAACUGGAGGGAGUGCAGGGGCUCAUGGUUACCUGUGGGAGAGUUCUCACUGCUCCCCUCCCUUCACCACUUCUUCUGCAGCCACUUCCACAGGUUCCUCCACCUAUCCCCUAGCCCUGUCUUUAACUGUACCCAAUCGCUAUCUUCAUGAGAAAUCUCCUAAUACCACCUCAGUGAGUGGGCAGAGUGACCUGUCCUUUCUAAACUCAUCGCUCCCCACAUCGCUGUCUGUUAUUCCGAACUCACAACGUGGUCAGCAAUCUGCAUCUGUGGGAAGCGACUCUUCCUCUACAUCUAGUUCCAACAACACUGGCCGUCUCCAUCACCCCUGCCGCUUUUGUGGGAAAAUGUUCAGCAGUGAUUCUGCCCUGCAGAUACAUCUCCGUUCCCACACAGGAGAAAGGCCCUACCAGUGUCCAGUGUGUCUUAGUCGUUUCACCACACGAGGCAACCUGAAGGUCCACUUCCUUCGCCACCGUGAACAGAACCCAGAGCUCUCACUUUCACUUCUGCCACCAUCAUUGUUUGGGGUGGCAUUAGGGGCCACAGGAGGCUCAGAUAUGGGGCAGACUGUGAGCAGUUGCAGCAGUAAUAGUGGCAUGAAUACAACUCAGAAGAAGCGAAAAAUUAGGGCGGAGGAUGAAACAUGUGGAGAUAAUUUGGAGGUCAGUGGUUCUAGUAGUGGACUUUCACUGGGGACCCCUGGAGGAUCUACCCCUUCUACCCUACCUCUCCCUUCGAGUAUGAAUCUGGCCUUGAUUUCUCACUCUCUUCUUCAACUCAACAGGGCUGCUGCUGCAGCUGCUGCAGCUUCUAUUGCUUCCUGCUCAUCACAUUCAUCCCCCUCCUCCUCAUCCUCCACAUCUUCUCUGGCUACCUCCCUUCUCUCAAACCCAUCUUUAUCUUCGUCUUCUUCCCUCACCGGGUUAUUCAAAGGUUCCAAACAGCAGCACUUUGAUGAAAACACUCCACCUCAUGCACCAAUGCUGUCGCCUGCAGCUUAUUCUCAACUAGUCCACCUCCCUAAGCUUCUUUUCCCAUCGGCCUCGUCUUCUUCUACCCAGGCUGCACAGGCACCCCCAUACAACCAUCCAGCAUUGAGUUUGCUACGGGCCCAGCUACCCUCCAGUGCAGGCUCCCAACAACACGCUUCCAGCCAUACCCAGCUUUCUUUCCCUGUUUCUUCCUUUCCUAAAGUUCCAGGUCUAACCACCACCACUCCAUCCCCCUUACCCUCCUCCAUAGCUACUGCUACCCCUACAUCUGAAACUUCCAAGUUGCAAAGACUGGUGGACAAAUUAGAGAGGGCUCCUCCAAACUCAUCUUCUUCAUGGACUUCCUCCUCUGCUCCGACUUCCAUGCUGGAAAUUUUAUCUAGCAGUACUGCUACCUCGUCAGUGAAUUUAGCCAACAGUCAUUUCACAAAUGCCAGCACCUCUACCACAUAUGUCAUGGCAUCUCCGUCUUCGAACCUUGUGACCACCUCUGUGUCCCACUUCACCCGUGAGAUGAUAGCUGCUCUGGGAAUGAGUGCCAAUGGAGCAAAAGCUGUGGCAGGUGGCCUGCUUCCAUCUCUAAGCAUCACAGGUUCAGCACAUAAUCUGACCACCAAUCAGUGUGGGGUGUGUCUACGGGUGCUGAGCUGUCCUAGAGCACUCCGGCUGCACCAGGCCACACACCUCGGAGAACGUCCAUUUCCAUGUAAGAUAUGUGGACGAUCCUUCUCUACUAAAGGCAGCCUGCGGUCACAUCUUGCCACCCAUCAUGCCCGACCUCCCAAUGCACGUGUCCAAAACUCCUGCCCAUUGUGUCAACGUAAAUUCACCAAUGCUCUUGUUCUUCAGCAUCACAUUCGCAUGCACCUUGGAGGACAUUUGCCCCCGGAUGGCACAGAGGACUCUGAACAUGACAUGCCAGCUGAAUCUAAUCCCAAAUCCUUGUCUCAGUCCCAGUCCACUGACCAAAAUGCUGCCUUAAGUAAAACACCUCCCCAAGCUACCCCAACUUCAAGCUCACAGUUUCAAACUGCAGCAGCUGUCUCUUGCAGCAAAAAAUCAGCUAAUAAAAGUCUCAGUAAGUCUGCAUCUUCCAGCCCAGAUCAAAUCCCCCCCACUGACCUUAGCCCUGACCCUUUUAUGAAUCCCACCACACAAACAUCCCCAUUAGGCAGUGCAGACCCCCCUGUCCUUUCUGUCAGUGCCCCUCUGUCAGCCUCCCAAAAGACAGAUCAAACUUUGGCAGCUGACAAUGACAGUCAAGUUCAUAAACAGGCCUCUGUGGAUAUUUGUAUUCCUAAUUCUAACCCCUCACCAAUUCCCUCCAGUUUGACCAAAAUCACAGAGUCCCCUCCUUCUAAAUUCACAGACAGUGGAGAGGCGGAAGCAUCCACCACCUCAGAUGUCUUCCUUGCUUCCAAACCCAACCUGGAGGACAUACAAAGCAUCUCUGUUGUUGAUACUUCCUUAGUUUUCCCAUGUCCCAGUACCACCUCUAACCUCAUCUCCAGUCAAGAUGUCUGUGAUGUUAAUGCAUUGACAGCUUUCCAACCAGACUCUGUCUCCCCAAGGCCCCAAUCCCCAGAACCCAUGGAGGAAGACAAAGUUCAGUCUUCUCCACCUGUAACACCAAAACAAGACCAUGUAACUGUGCCUGAUGAAGAUCCCAAAUUGACACCCCCUGAGAAAAACUCAGACCAUAAACCAGCCGAAGAAAGAGGUGGAUCCCAGAAAGCAGCUACUUCGGUGAGGGAGACACGUCAGAGCUUUCAUUUUGGUUCAUAUGGGAGAGAAGAUCGAGCAGAAGGGAUUAAAAUGAGUGGGCUGGUUUCAAGUGAUGUUCUGGAUGCUUCUGUACCCAUCAGUCUUGCUCCAACGCUCCCAUCUCCACUGUCACGUCCUGAAAAAAAGACCUACUGCUGUGCUGAUUGUGGAAAAGAGUAUGCCAGUCGCAGUGGAUUGAAGGGGCACAUGAAGCACCAUGGUGUGGUAACCAAAACAUCCCGUCCACCUCCCAGGAGCAGCCGUUCAUCUUCUGAGCAACUUCCCUCCUCAACAUCUGUGGCAUCCUUAAACAUUCCAGCCACCAGGAGCUCAGCGAGCUUCUGGAACCAGUAUCAAGCCUUCCUCAACACCAGCACCGAGCCAGCUGAUGACCCAAACUCUGCAGGCCAAGGUGAAAAGGAAUCAUCGCAGACUUUGAAAUCACCUGCUCGGUCACAGAUGGAUCCAAGAGCCUCUGAGGAAGCUGGGGAAGAGUCCGGUGAAGGGUCGUAACUCAAGUCAAGUCGGAAUGACUUGGCUGGAAAAUGUUCUGGUGUUUCCAAUCAUUGUUUGCCUUUAAGCACAACUGAGUGGAAAUUUGCAUAUUAUUGAUUCCUUAACACAUUUCAGGUAGCUUGUCAGUUUGAUAGUCAGAAUAAUAUGUUUUUAUGUAAAAGUUGUGAGUCAGUCAGCUUGGUCUUGUGUUUAAAAAAAUUUAAAAAAGACAGCUACAGUAAAGCUUAAAAAAAUUCUAGUUAUUCCUGGAUUUGUUAAAAGGUGUAGCUAAGACAUGGGUCGUGUAUUUCAUUGUGUUUGUUUGAACUUACCAGCAGGCCCAGAUGAUAUUAACGCUUCUUACUGAGUCAAAGGUGCACUGCAACGGCUAGUUUAACUCAUUUUAAGUCAUUUUUGUCAACAUUUUGGUGCUGUUGUGUCAUGUACUAAAUCUCAUCCAUGGCGCCAAAGGAGGUUCAAUCUAACCAAAAAUGAUUGUUUUGACAAAUGCAACAACCCAGGUUUGUUUCAUGUUUAGACGUCAUUUGUACUGAUAUGAAGUGAUUAAUUAAGCUAAACUGAAGCAAAUCCAAGCUAACAAUAUGAAUGUGUAUCUGUGUGGGGGGGUAUUAAGUCUUUAAUCCCCAUCUCGUGGUUUUAAAAACUACUUGUUGACAUCAUGGUGGUUUAAUUUUCACUGUGUUGUCCCUUCUAAACAGAAGUACACCUGCAGUGUUUUUGAGCCCAGCAAGGGCCCGAUCCAUCAUGUUGCCCUUCAGCUUUGUGAAUAUUAUUAUUGUUAUUGUUGUGUGGUUCAGAAGUAAUAUCUAUAACAUGACUGAAGUUACUAAAGUUACUUAACCUUUACGUUUACAAAUAUCUAUAAGUCUAUGUCUUUGUUGUAAGCUGUACUUUCAGUAUCUCCAUAUUAAAGAAAAGAAAUUAAUGUGUUUAAAUGUUUAAGGGAAUUUUAAAUCAUAGAACAUUUAAGUGGUUUAUUUGUAGUAAUUAUAAACACAUAGUCUGGUAUAUGAGGAUGUUAAUUUUCUAUGCUUUCUGCCAACAAAUCAACAUUUUCCUCUCCUGUGUUAUGAUAGAGGAUAUAGAGCACAAACAAAACAAAGAAAAACAUCAGAUCUUUUACUGUGAAAAAGUAAGUUUACUAGCACUGCCACCAAAUUAAUUAAAAUGUUUAGUA